GCUCACGGGACAUGUAGUACACCGCGCGCCACUCCUGCACUUCCCCAUCCCCCCACGACCGAACCUGGCUUCCCUAUGCCCUCCCAGCUCUCUCGGGCCUGACUUCCGGUUUCCUCGCGCGGCCCUGGCGCCGAGCCCGUGGACGGCGGCGGCCUCUUUUCCGGCUGAGAGCUGAGCCACACUUCGAGUACUUUCCCGCAGUGCUUCCUCUCCCACAGGCCCGUGCUGGUCCCGACGGCCGGCCUGGGUCUCGCGCGCGUAUUGCUGGGUAACGGGCCUUCUCCGCGUCGGCCCAGCCCCUCCAGCCUCGGCUUGUCCCUCCUUCCAGAACAUCCAGGGCUCCUGCCGAGUCAGAAGAAAUGGGACUCCCUCCGCGGCGCACCCGGUGCAACUCCCUUCGCUGUGGAAGCGGCGGUGUCUUCGAAGAAACCGGAAGCCCGUGGUGACCCCUGGCGACCCGGUUUGUUUUCGGUCCGUUUCCAAACACUAAGGAAUCGAAACUCGGCGGCCUUGGGGGCGGCCCUACGUAGCCUGGCUUCUGGGAACAUAACUCUCAGAGAAGUAAUGCUGAACCUAACAGCAAACGUAGAUGUUCAGAACAAGUCAGUUUUUCGUUAAACAAUGAAGAAGAUGAUAUCUGUAUUCUGAAUCAUGAAAAAGCCCAUAAGAGAGAUACAGUGACUCCAGUUUCAAUAUAUUCAGGAGAUGAAUCUGUUGCUUCCCAUUUUGCUCUUGUCACUGCAUAUGAAGACAUCAAAAAACGACUUAAGGAUUCAGAGAAAGAGAACUCUUUGUUAAAGAAGAGAAUAAGAUUUUUGGAAGAAAAGCUAAUAGCUCGAUUUGAUGAAGAAACAAGUUCCGUGGGACGAGAACAAGUAAAUAAGGCCUAUCAUGCAUAUCGAGAGGUUUGCAUUGAUAGAGAUAAUUUGAAGAGCAAACUGGACAAAAUGAAUAAAGACAACUCUGAAUCUUUGAAAGUAUUGAAUGAGCAGCUACAAUCUAAAGAAGUAGAACUCCUCCAGCUGAGGACAGAGGUGGAAACUCAGCAGGUGAUGAGGAAUUUAAAUCCACCUUCAUCAAACUGGGAGGUGGAAAAGUUGAGCUGUGACCUGAAGAUCCAUGGCUUGGAACAAGAGCUGGAACUAAUGAGAAAAGAAUGUAGCGAUCUCAAAAUAGAACUACAGAAAGCCAAACAGACGGAUCCAUAUCAGGAAGACAAUCUGAAGAGCAGAGAUCUCCAAAAAAUAAGCAUUUCAAGUGAUAAUAUGCAGCAUGCAUACUGGGAACUGAAGAGAGAAAUGUCUAAUUUACAUCUAGUGACUCAAGUACAAGCUGAACUACUAAGAAAACUGAAAACCUCAACUGCAAUCAAGAAAGCCUGUGCCCCUGUAGGAUGCAGUGAAGACCUCGGAAGAGACAGCACAAAACUGCACUUGAUGAAUUUUACUGCAACAUACACAAGACAUCCUCCUCUCUCACCAAAUGGCAAAGCUCUUUGUCAUACCGCAUCUUCCCCUUUACCAGGAGAUAUAAAGGUUUUAUCAGAGAAACCAGUCCUCCAGUCAUGGACAGACAAUGAGAGAUCCAUUUCUAAUGAUGGUACAUGCUUUCAGGAACACAGUUCUUAUGGCAGAAAUUCUCUUUCUCUGGAAGACAAUUCCUGGGUAUUUCCAAGUCCUCCUAAAUCAAGUGAGACGGCAUUUGGGGAAACUAAAAGUAAAACUUUACCUUUACCCAACCUUCCACCACUGCAUUACUUGGAUCAGCAUAAUCAGAACUGCCUUUAUAAGAAUUAAUUUGGAAGAGAUUCACGAUUUGACCAUGAGGACACUACCUCUUUCAGUGGUCCUCCCAAGAAAUUAUUUAACAAACUGAAAGGAGAUUUUGAUUAAAAUUUUGCAGAGUUCUUCAGUAACUAUAUUUGAACAUACUGUACAAUAUUUACAAAAACCAACAUAGUUGGUUUUCUAGUAUGAAACAGCACCCUCUAGCUCCAUAUUCUAAGAAUCCGAAAUACACUACUCUACUAAUUAAUAAGUAAACUUAAGGUGUUUUAAAAAGAGAACUCUGCCUUCGAUAAUUGUAAAAUUUUGCCUCUCAGAAGAAUGGAAUUGGAGAUUGUAGACGUGGUUUUACAGAGUGUGAAAUGUCUAAAUAUCUGUUCAUGAAAAUAAAAGGAAACCAUGUAUGUUGCUUCAGAUUGCAUAAUGGAACAAAUGGCAAUGUGAAUAGGUUACAUUUCUGUUGUUACAAUGCAUAAAGAUACUGAAAAUAUAAUGAAAUAAAAGCAUCUUAGGUUAUACCAUCUUUAUAUGCUAUUGUGUUUCAAUAUUUAAGAUUUAAAGUGAUUUUUUUAGUCACCAUGUUUUGUUGAUAAAAUUUUAGAAUGGAAGUUUGAAUUCUAAGACUUGAAAUAACCUGAUCAUUGAAGCCAACUUUGUCCCAGUAUAUUCCUUAAGUCCUAAUUGGGGGAAAAAAAAAAGUGAAAUAGUUGAAAACCUCUGUUAGGUGUAAACAAAUGAUUGUUAACCCUACACACCACUCAAUAAGUAGUAGAAAGAGCAUCACACAGAUUUCAGUCUAAUCUGCCCCUUCAGUGGGCCAUAAUAUAAACAUAAAUGUAUGUGUGUAAUUAUAAAAAGUCAUUUUCUUCAAAGGGACUACAACUGCUCGUGUAGAGCAGCUUCUAAAUUGUUAGACUUUGUAUUGAGAUGUAAUAUAUUUAUUGAGAAAGUGAUUUUAAAUUAGAAUUUUUAAUCAUAGAAAUCAAAGUUUGGGCUGUAUUGAUAUUGUCAAUCAUGAAAUGUCCACACACUCUUAUUCUAAGUGGCCAAUUACUUGUAAAUAAAGAAGGAAAUAACAAAGAUGGCUUCACAUGGAAAUUUAUCUAAAUUCUUUCAGGGUGGAGAUUUUCUUGGUUCAUACACCUUUUGCCUGAGUUAAAGUAUUUCAUGUAGGAGGACUUUAUCCUUUUUGAUAGACAGUUUCAUAUAUCUUGAACUCAAAAGAGUAUCUCAGAUCUCUUCUACUAUAUUACUGAAUAGCAUACAUACAUAGACAGUGUUCACCAUUCACCAGAUAUUUUUUUCUUUCUAUUAUCUUACACUUAUUCAAGCUUGUCUGUGAUUAAUGGAAUUGGUGUCAGAUGCUGGAAUUUAUUCUGACCAAUGAACAUACUGACUCAGGGGAGUACAAUCUCCUGCCAAGUAAUAGAACCAAACCCAAUAUGCAUAAAACAAAUACAAUACUCCAGGCUUUAGCUGAAGGAAGCAACUACCUGUGUAAUAACAAAGCAGCAAAAACUAUUUCUCAUGUGGCUGCAUAGGCUGUAUAUUGUAUCUGAUCUCUAAUGUAGCUUACUGGUUUACCUUUUUUAAAACCAAAAUUGGAAAUUUUCCUUUGUAAAGAAAAAAAGUCUUAUGAAAUAAUUGCUUGAAGAAAUUGUUUAAUUAAAAUAAAUUAUUUUUGUUUGAAAUUGAA